AUGUCUGCCCCCAUUCCUACAUCCCAGCCUGGAUCCCACCUUCCUGCAUCCACAACCCAGAGCUCUAUGAAGCAGUUCCUGCAGAAGUCUCUAACUCCAGCAAGACAGAGCGCAAUCGAUGAGGAGCUUGCCAAGAUGGUGGCACAUGAUUUCCAGCCCUUUUCCAUUGUAGAGGAUGUCGGAUUUAGGAGUUACUGCCAUGCCCUCAAUCCCAUGUAUGCCCUCCCCAGCCGAAAAACCCUGUCACAGAAAAUAAUCCCAGGCCUGUAUGAUGCAGCACGGGCCUCCCUGCAAGAAAGGGCGAAGAGAGCCUCAGCUGUAUGCUUGACCACUGACUGCUGGACAUCCCGCGCCACCACAUCAUUUAUGUCUGUCACCUGCCAUUUCAUUGAAAACUACAGUAUGGUGUCAUCUCUGCUGGACUGUUUGGAGUUUAGUGACAGGCACACAUCCGGAAACCUGGCAGAAGAGCUCCUCCGAGCGGCAAGAGAGUGGGGGGUGGAAAACAAAGUUGUGUGUUGUGUCACAGACAAUGCAGCCAACAUUACAAGAGCCAUCCAGCUGUUAAAAUGGACACACCAUCCAUGCCUGGCACACACCAUUAAUCUAUUUGUGAGAAAUGCUCUGAGGGCUAUGAAGCCCACUGUGGACAAAGUGAAGGCAAUAGUGGAAUUUUUCCACCGAAGCACAGCAGCCACCCAAAAACUUAAAUCCACCCAGCGGCAGAUGUCUAUGGCAGAGCUUAAGCUCAAACAGGAGUGUGUCACCCGCUGGAAUUGUACGUUCCAUAUGAUCCAGCGAAUGCUUGAAUCAAAGGAUGCGGUUAUCGCAACAUUGGCAGUGAUCAAUGCACCUGUGGCUCCUCUCAGCCAAGAGGAGUGGGAGGCUCUGCAAGAGGCCUGCAGUGUCCUGGAGCCCUUGGACCGAGUCACAGUGGAGGUCAGCGCAGAGAGGGGUCUUCAGAGAGUGACAGCAGAGCACCAGAGCAGAGUAACCACAGAGAGCGUGAAGGAGUUGGUGAAUUCUCUCUGUUCAAGCAUGGACACAAAAUUCCACCGGAUGGAGCACAACACAGUUCUGUCCGAAACCACCAUCCUCGACCCCCGUUUCAAAAAGGUGGCCUUUAAUGACAACCGAGCAGUCGACGGAGCCCUCCAAAGAAUAACUACAGCAGCAUCAAGGUAUCGGCAGUCAUCUCACCUGCAAGGGGGUCAUGGAGGAGAGGAGGGAGCAGCAGCACGUGAGCUGGAGGAGCCCCAAGCAUCGGCUGUUUGGAGGUUUUUUGAGGAGCGGGCAAGCGGAGACACUGCAACCAGGAAUCCUACAGCUGAUGCUAUUCUGGAAGUGAGGUCCUACCUUGAGGAGCCUCUUUUCCAGCGCGGUGCCGACCCACUGAGCUGGUGGGAGACAAAGGCACUGAUCUAUCCACUUCUCUCUCACGUGAUGGCAGGUAGACUGUGCAUAGUGGCAACAUCCGUCCCCUCAGAGAGGAUCUUCUCUAAAACUGGACAGAUCAUAACUGAGAGAAGGAACAGGAUCAGCCCUGCCAAGCUUAGACACCUGGUGUUUCUCAACGCCAAUCUGUAA